UUAAGUCCUGGGAGAAGGAGGUUAACUCUGCAUUGUCUUUAAUAUAUUUCGGAUGUCAGAGAAAAGAUUCCAGAUUGUAUCCUAGGACCAUUUCCAACAGCUGCCAGCCAAAGAAGUAGAAAUUCUCUAAUGAUGAAACCAGUUCAGACUAUAAACUACAAGCCUCCCAGCCUUGACCUGGCUGAUAGAGAUCAGAUGGUGACUGAAUAGAAGCUGCCCCAGUCCUGGGUCCAUGAUGUACGCACCAGUUGAGUUUUCAGAAGUUGAUUACCCACAAGUUGAAUAUCAAAGAAGACAACAAUUUUGGGAUCCUAUACGUCUAGCUCUUUUCACAUUGGCAAUUGUAGCAAUCAUAGGAAUUGCAAUUGGUAUCGUUACUCAUUUUGUUGUUGAGGAUGAUAAGUCAUUCUAUUACCUUGCCUCUUUUCAAGUAACAAAUAUAAAAUACAAAGAAAGUUAUGGAAUGAAAAGCUCAAGAGAGUUUAUAGAAAGGAGUCAUCAGAUUGAGAGAAUGAUGUCUAGGAUAUUUCGACGUUCUUCGGGAGGAGGUCGGUUUAUCAAAUCUCAUGUUAUCAGACUGAGUCCAGAUGAACAAGGUAUGAACAUCCUUAUGGUGCUUAUGUUUCGAUACCCAUCUACUGAUAGUGCUGAGCAAAUCAAGAAAAAAAUUGAGAGGAUUUUAUAUCAAAGUCUGAAGACAAAACAGUUGCCUCUGACUAUAAACAAAUCAUCAUUCACGCUCACAUCUAUCGACAGCAAAAAGAUGAGGAAUCUUCUCAACAGCCGCUGCGGAAUAAGGAUGACAUCUUCAAACAUGCCUUUACCAGCAUCCUCCUCUACUGAGAGGAUUGUCCAAGGGAGGGAAACAGCCAUGGAAGGCGAGUGGCCGUGGCAGGCCAGCCUCCAGCUCAUAGGUUCCGGCCAUCAGUGCGGAGCCACCCUCAUCAGUAACACGUGGCUGCUCACAGCAGCUCACUGCUUCCGCAAAAAUAAAGACCCAAGUCAAUGGAUUGCUACUUUUGGUACAACUAUUACACCACCUGCAGUGCAACGAAGCCUGGGGAAAAUUAUCCUUCAUGAAAAUUACCAUAGGGAAACAAAUGAAAAUGACAUUGCCUUGGCUCAGCUUACCAACCGAGUUGAGUUUUCAAAUAUAGUCCAGAGAGUUUGCCUCCCAGAUUCAUCUAUAAAGUUGCCACCUAAAACAAGUGUAUUUGUCACAGGUUUUGGAUCCAUUGUAGAUGAUGGACCCACGCAAAACAAACUUCGGCAAGCCAGGGUGGAAACCAUAAGCACGGAUGUGUGUAACAGAAAGGAUGUGUAUGAUGGCCUGAUAACUUCAGGAAUGUUAUGUGCUGGAUUCAUGGAAGGAAAAGUAGAUGCGUGUAAGGGCGAUUCUGGUGGUCCUCUGGUUUAUGAUAAUCAUGACAUCUGGUACUUAGUUGGUAUAGUAAGUUGGGGACAAUCAUGUGCUCUUCCCAAGAAACCUGGGGUCUAUACAAGAGUGACUCAGUAUCGAGGAUGGAUUGCCUCAAAGACUGGUAUCUAGAGUGAAUUGUCUAUGAAUUAUAUGCAUGGCAUAUGAAGCUGAAAUUCCUGCAUAUUGUAUAUUAUUUAUAUUCAUGCGGUUUGGAUCAGUGUUUUUUCUGGAUGUCAAGAAAUCCUCUGACUCAGACCUAUGUAAUAUCAUGAAGUGGUCUUUGCACACAAGUGACCGAACUCUUUCUCUACCCUGUGGGAGGAAGACAGAGCAAAUGGCAAUAGCACCAACUCCUCACAAGGGAAACUGUGGUACUUAUAAUAAGAGGACUAUUUAUAAUGGUUUCCCCCAGUGGAAGACAAGGAACAUCAUUUUUCACAGGAUACGACAAGCUGCCAGGGCUGCCAAAAACUUACUCAGAGUAUAUCCUGGAGCACCUGUGACUCUUGUAUCAAACAGCUGUCUUUCCUGAGAAUUCAGAGCUUCAACAUUCAAAGACUGAUGGCUGGACGUUCACUGGCUAGAAUGGAGAAGCAUGGAAUUACAAUAUAACUUGAACUCUAACCUGUGUUUCUAAAUAAUAAUACAAAGCAUUGUCAUUAAUAAGACUUGUGAUUUAGAAGAUGUUUGGGUGUACCUGAACUUGCUGUUAACACUUACAUACACAAAGACUAGCUUCAGGAUAAAAGCUGUAUUGUGAAGGAGUGUUUCUGAUUUAUUCUUUAACAGCAUCUUGCCAUCCAUAUAUCAAUUGAAGUCAGGCCAGAAAGAAGAAAAAGAAGAAUCUUGGGAGCAUUUUUCCAUGUGUACAAGGAGGAUAAAAAAAACUGAUGGGACCUAGGCUAGUUGAGUUGCUUUCAAAUGAUUAAAAGCAAGAAAAACACACCUUAGAUUUUUGGUGGAAUGAGCCAUCCAAUUAUUUAUUUAGAAAUAUGUACAGCAGCAUACAGUAACUGGUGUCUUUGUAAGCAUAGAAUUGUAAAGUCUUCAGCUCUCUGCCAGGUCAGAUAUCUAUCAGGUUGGGAGAAUUGAUUUGCGUAAGCACUUCGGACAGUGCCUCACAUAUAUUAAGCACUAUGUGGAUAUCUCCUGUAUGUGGAAGAAAGGAAAGCCUCCAUGAGUUUUAAGAUAAAUUAACUUUGUCAAAUGAGUGAAUGGCUUUGGGACUUAAAUACAGCUCAGAGUCUAAUGGCAGACAGCACAGGCUUUGGAAGCAGACUGCCCAGGCUAAAUGUUGGCUUUGCCACGUAUGAACUGUGCAUCCUGAUGCAGGUUUCUUGACAUCUCUGUGCAUUAGCACUUUUAUCUCUACAAUUAGAAUAAAAAUAAUACCUACCUCAUAUGGUUGUUAUGAGGAUUAAAUGCAUUAGUAAAAGUAAAGCACUUGGAACAAUGUCUGCACACAGUAGUCUCUCAAUAUGAACUAGCUACUGUCAAUUAUUAUUAAUGUGCUUUGGACUCAAUAAAACAGUAUAUUUUUUAAAAGCAGUCCCUUCUUUAAAAUCAUGUAAUUGAUUUAAGAAUGCUUAAAUUACACUGUAAAAAAAACCCUAAGUGAUCUGCUGGAUUUUCAAAAUCAUGUUUUGAUAUCUCAAUAUGUUUAGGACUGUGUCUGGUUAUAGACAUAGUUGUAGGGUGUGUGGUCAUCAGUCACCGGGGUUGUGACUACAGAGAUGCAGCGGUAUUCAUCUUCAGGGUUCACAUGUACGACCAAAGUGCUUGAUUUCUUGUUCUGAUCUAUCAGAGAAAAAUCUAGCCUUUCUAUUUAUUUAAUGACAAAAUUUUGUUAAUUUACAUGUAUGUAUGUUUAUCUGUAACAUAUGUAGACAAGAUAAAUAUAACUUAAAAACUUACCUAGUUAUCAUUUACAUCUUAAUAUUGAGAUACAAUAAACACAAAAGGGUCAUCCACUCACACUCUCCUUUAAAAGGAAAAUGUCACCAAAUUUCUGAGUUGAUGACUGCUAAUAACUAAAUGUCAAUAGAAGAAGCAGAGUAAAAACUUGAAUGUUUAUACUUCCUUCUAUGCAGAGAAACAAAAGCUUCCUAGAGAGUAUUUAGCAUAUUUAAGAUGUAUUUGAUUCAUAAUAGACCUUUUUAUAUUAAAGCUAAACAUAGUCUUUUGUAGAAAGAGGAAAACAAAUCUGUCUACAAAAUCAAUAAAUUUCUACUGUGUAAGUUCUCUAACAAUGAAUAUAUGCUUUUGUGUAACUAUAUUUACAUUUCAGAAGACUGAUAGCUUUUUUGCAUAGAAGUGCCUGUGAAACUGCACACUGAUUUAAAUGAUUCAAUGCUCAGUUCAAAUUCAAUUCAGUGACAUUUUAACACAAAUGAGAGCAAUAAAUACAAAAGGCCAUAAGUAAAUCCGAGAAAUGGAAAAGUGGAUUUUUAAAACAGGAUUCAUAUGUCCUAUUUUUAGUUUGAUACCUGAUCUGUUGAGUGGUGUUAUAGGAGUCAUGCAAUGUAUUUUACCUCAUGUUUUCCAUCUACCAAAUGGGACAUUAACUAUCUACCUCAUGAGAUUGUUGUGAGGCUUUCCUGUUGAAUAAUAAGUUGAAAAGUCAAAGAAUGUUUAAAGCCUGCUAAACAAAUGUGAAGUGUGUUAUUGUAAACUGAUAUCAGUACAGAUGAUGUUGCAAAUACAUUAAGAUUUUUAAAAAAGGUUGUAUUUUUUAAAAUAGUGUUCACAUUUUUACUGAUAAAUAGUAUUGCCUUGUGAAUUUUGCAAAAAUAUUGUGGUUAAAAAAAAAACAAAUAACAAACAAACCUG